UUGGCUAAAUCGUCCAGCUUCUGCGCAGAGUGAUCUCCGGGAACGCACCCAGUGCAUUUGCUUGAUGUUUAUACCACAAAUUCAUAAACUGCUGUGGGAUCUUAUUUUUUUUUGGUGUUCAAAAAAGUUUAAAUAAUUAUGAAGCUGGAAGCGUACUGACCCAGGCUCUGCAUUGUGACCUCAUCAUCAUCGCCGCGGCAACAGGAAGACAAUGGAUUCCUGCUCCUCCAAUAGCAGCGGCCGGCAGCCCAGCUCUGUGUCUUCAGGCCAGUCCCGCGAGUACAAGCUAGUGAUGCUGGGGGAGGGAGGGGUGGGCAAGAGUGCGAUAAUCAUGCAGUUCAUCAGCCACAGGUUUCCAGAGGAUCACGACCCCACCAUCGAGGAUGCUUAUAAAACUCAAAUCAGAAUCGACAAUGAGCCAGCCAACCUGGACAUACUGGACACUGCUGGACAGGCUGAGUUCACUGCGAUGAGGGAUCAGUAUAUGCGCGCCGGCGAGGGCUUCAUCAUCUCCUACUCCAUCACAGACCGGCGCAGCUUCCACGAGGCACGCGAGUUCAAGCAGCUCAUCCACCGCGUGCGCAGGACCGCCGACACGCCCGCUGUGCUGGUGGGGAACAAGUCCGACCUGCAACACCUGAGACAGGUGUCGCGGGAGGAGGGGCAGGGGCUGGCGCGGGAGUUCCAGUGCCCAUUCUUCGAGACCUCGGCCGCGUUCCGCUUGUUCAUCGACGACGUGUUCGUGGCGCUGGUGCGGCAGAUCCGACAGCACGAGAAAGAGGCUGUGAUCGCCAUGGAGAGGAAGAGCCGGCACCACACCUCGGUCUGGAAGAGACUCAAAUCACCGUUCAGGAGGAAAAAGGACUGAGCCGGGAGCACACACUGUACACACGCACUCUCACACGCACGCACUGUCUCUCACAUGCUGUACACACGCACUGUGUCUCACACGCUGUACACAAGCACUGUCUCUCUCCCACACUGUACACAUGCACUGUGUCUCCCACACUGUACACACGCACUGUCUCUCACACACGCACUGUCUCUCACACACGCACUGUCUCAUACACACAAUGUACACACGCACUAUCACACGCACGCACUGUCUCUCACACGCUGUACACAUGCACGGUGUCUCACACACUGUACACAUGCACUGUCUCACACACACACACACACACAGAGUGCCUCUCUUUUUAAAUUGGUUCAGAUCACUGUGCUGGAAGUAAAAAGCCCUAAAGCUGAGCAGAUCACACUGACACACACACACACACACAACACUCUAUUUUAAUAAUUUAAACCGCGGCAGUUCUGAGUACGUCCGCUCUCUAACUCUAUAUUAAUCCAGCCUCCGUCCCCCAUGUGUUUGUGGGGUUCUCCGGUCGCUUGGUUGGACCACACAGCACAGCCCGGGUCCACGUGCAAUGCAGGUUACAUGCAGGCACACUGAAACGCUUACAGAAACACACGCCUACUCUCCCUCUCCGAAACCACCUUCCUGACACCAUGGGAUCGGAGCUCAGUGCUUUAACCCUUCGUGCGCAGAGCAGCUUGGAAGAUGGUUUGGUCUAGUUGGAAGCCUCUUUCAGUAUUUCUCAAUCCAGCACUACUGACUGUUUUAAUGGUUAUGGAUGAUACAGCAUCGCCCGAUCCACUCGAUACAUGAAGAAAAACAGCAGAUACCUACACUGUUGGACUUGUAGUGGGAUUUAGGUUUGUUUUAGCAUUUCUUAAUUUGGCUCAUAAUGUGGUUACACUAGCACUUAUAUUCUUGUUAUAAGGCUGCAUGCAUGGCCUCUUAUUGGUGGGUCCCGACUGCAGCGUUAUAAAUGAUUAAUUUUCUGAAUUUUAUGUUCGGAGGACUAGAUUUAUUUUUUUGCUUUGCAAGAGCACAAGGUAAGGGUAAAAAAAAAAAGAAUGGAUUUGUGUUCUGAGGUGCUGUUUAGACAGAGACGCGCUGUCGAUGAUUAUUGAUUCCCUCUCUGUGUCUCACACCCACGUUAUUGAUUAUUAGGUUGCAGUUUUCUUGCUCUGGUUGUGUAGCUCUGCUGUGGGACUGCGGGCUGUUAAACCUGGUUGACUGUGCUGCACUGACCCUGCUGUGCGCUGCCAGACAGUGCCUUGUGCUUUCUUAGAUACAGCGAGACUCCCAGAGUGAGUUACUCGACACCGCAGCCAGCACAGCCACCAAACCACAAAGAAUCAUCUCGCAAUUGUAUUGUAGUAUGAAGUUCAUUUAUUUUAAUUUAGGAUUAUAAGAAGUGGUUUAUCUUUUAUGGGGUGCGCUAAUGACAGUUUGGAGUGAACAGCUCUGAGAUCCGUAGGCUCUUCCUGCUGUCCUGAGCAGAAUGUCAACCAAGCCUUUAAAACCCCAUUCUCCUGCUCCCUCAGCCAACCCCCCCCCCCCCCCACACACACACGCAGUCUAUUCUCUCCUUCUGACUCCUCCCUCCUCCACCUUUACAUCAUCUUAACCCUCUUCAUGGUCAUCCACCUGCCUUUGAUCAUGACAACUUCACUUAAAGGGGUAGCUUUGUAGGACGGCCGUCCAUUUCCCUUCCCUGUGUCUUGAGCCCCCUUCCCUUACCCAGGUGGUCUCCUCCUCGGUCCACUUCCUUUUUGUCCCGCAGACAGAACAGCGACUCCUCCUCAGGCCAGGAAUCCUUCUGCUCGGACGCUGGGUCACACAACUUGACCCUUUUCCUGGAUACACUGACCUAACUGUCCGUGUCCUCCGAACCCGACAGGACACUGUCCACUUGCGCCUCCCGUUCCUGGUGGGGAGCUCUGGCUGAGACGCCACUGAGUGAGAUCAGACUCCGAGGGAAGGAGCUCCAAUGCAGCUUCUGCAGAAUCAAUGAUGAGCUGAACGCAGAGUCUCUCUGUCGCUUUCCAUCUCCCCCUCCCAGGCUGAUAUAGACCGAUGCACACUCAGUACGAUGCUUUUCCAAGCCUUUAAAACCCCAUUCUCCUGCUUCUUAAACUACACAGCAGAGCUGGUAAAAUACUCGCAGGAAAUCCUCUCGGAUGUGCAUCACCGUCAUUUCAUAGGUCUUGAAUUUUCCUGUCUUUGGUUUGAUUUAUUUAUUUAUUUUUUUUAAUGCCAUUACCUUUGGGUAAUAUGACCUUGCCAGGUGGAGAACAUGUGGCAUUGCAUUUGAAUCAUAGCCUAUUACUGCAAUACAGUAUUUUUUUUUAUAUAUCAGUAAAUGUAAUUCCUUUAGUAGCAUUUUAAAUACACAGUUUACAUAGAAUGUAAGAAACUGUAAUACCUACAAAUGAAUUGCAACUCCUAUUAGGUAAGAUUGACUUGUUAGUUUUAUUAAAAGUAAGCAAGCUUUUCAUAGAUCUCUCGUUUCACUGUGAUGACAUACUUCAGCUGCUUGUUUUAUUUGGGGUAGGUUUGGUUUAUAUGCACCAUUCAGCCCUCAGUCUCUGGUGUUUGCAGUGCGACUGCAGUGUGAGCUGUUUUAAAGAUAAAGGGGUUGUUUGUAUGAACACUUUCCCAGUUGUAUUUGAUUAGUUGGUCCCAAUUAGUUUGGAUGAUUAGAGGUUCUGCUGUAUUACCCCUCAGCAUUGUGACUGGAGAAAUAAGGCAGUGUGGUUCUGGUCACCUAGUUACAAAAAGAAUAUUGCUGCUCUAGAAAGAGUGCAAAGAAGAGCAACCAGAAUUAUCCCGGGUUUAAAAGGCAUGUUGUAUGCAGACAGGCUAAAAGAAUUGAAUCUAUUCAGUCUUGAACAAAGAAGACUACGCGGCGAUCUGAUUCAAACAUUCAAAAUCCUAAAAGGUAUAGACAAUGUCGACCCAGGGGACUUCUUUUGAUCUGAAAAAAGAAACAAGGACCAGGGAUCACAAAUGGAGAUUAGGUAAAAGGGCAUUCAGAACAGAAAAUAGGAGGCACUUUUUUACACAGAGAUUUGUGAGGGUCUGGAACCAACUCCCCAGUAAUGUUGUUGAAGCUGACAACCUGGGAUCCUUCAAGAAGCUGCUUGAUGAGAUUCUGGGAUCAAUAAGCUACUAACAACCAAACGAGCAAGAUGGGCUGAAUGACCUCCUCUCGUUUGUAAACUUAUGUUCUUCAUGUGUUCUUAAAGAAAUGGGCUUGUAACCAGGAGGUCCCCGGUUCAAAUCCCACCUCAGCCACUGACUCGUGUGACCCUGAGCAAGUCACUUAACCUCCUUGUGUUCCGUCUUUUGGGUGAGACGUUGUUGUAAGUGACUCUGCAGCUGAUGCAUAGUUCACACACCCUAGUCUGUUAUCUUGUAAAGGGCUUUGUGAUGGUGCUCCAGUAUGAAAGGCGCUAUAUAAAAAUAAAGAUUAUUAUUAUAUCCCCCCCUCCCCCCAAAAAAAAGUACUCAAAACAAAGUAAUCUCUCCUCCUCUCAUCGCUACAAUUUAGUACCAAUCUAUGGCAAUUCACUUCUGCAUUGUUUUAAAAGCUGACUGGAAGCUCAGUUUCCUCUCAUCCGGGUUGUAAAGGUGGGGAAAGGACAGUGUUUCUUGUUUUGCGUUAUCAGCACACCCUAUAGCAUUAAAGUGAGAGAGGGGAGGGGGGAGAGAGACUGUUUGGUAUUCAUUUUGUCCGCCCGAUUUGUGCUGAGACUGGAACCUUGGAUUUGCACUUUCUUUUCUGAACUCGUCUCUCCGUUUUGAAGAAGCCGUGUUGAAUGUCGGAGACCUGCGAAGGAUGCACGGUGUGAGAUUCCCAGCAUCGUGUUUCCUAAUGACUGUGCGCAUCUACACGUGGAAUUGUAUUUAUUGUAUUUUUGUUUUAGUUUUUGUUUCUGUUUAGUAAAUGUUACAAAAACUCAUGAGAAUGACUUCCUUCAAAUAUUGAAAUAAAUGCCUUCUGUGAUUUCCUUUUGUAAGUAUGAAGAUUCUAACAAUAAAGUGCCAGGUCCUUACAAUAAACCAGAAUUGUUGUUGAAUUCAUAUUUAGGAUUGUUACAGAACUUUUACUUGUAAUGUUUGAAUAAUAUUAAUAAUAAAAGUUUGACAUUCAUUCUAAUUUGAAGAGUACUGCAACAUUCUCCGUCGAGUGCAAAGCUGUGCAUUGGCAGACCACUAGAUGGCGCUGGCUCUUGUAUAAAGAUACUUUCGCUGUCCUAGCUAGCCUGCGGUGCACGUCUCUGUGGCAUGGAGCGUCUGAACUCUGAUGAAAGCAAUUUAACACGGCCUUAUGAAGAAAUAAAAUAACAAUGUUAUUGAAGCUCCGUACUGUUUAAACAAACCAAUUGCACUACCCUAAACACCCACCUGUAUUGAACGCUGUUUGGAACCGGACCAGAAAGGACUCGUUUAACUGAUAAUUAGGAUUUCUUUUGUAUAGAUUUUUUUUUCAUUGGCGUCGUUUACUUGUUUCUUCCAUUUGGCAAUUUGUUAACAGUUUGUGUGAAACGUUUGUUUAAAAAUAAAAAUAAAAAUAUUG